UGAUUCGAGGUGGAUGAGUUCCACGCUUCGACUUUGACUUCGGCUGCGACUCGUUCUUGCGAAUUCAACAACCUACCUACUCGGGAACAGAAUGAUCGAUUGAGAGAGUGUAGGAGAAGAGCGGGAAGUAAUACUGAGGAGGAGGAAAGGGGAUGUCGAGGUCGAACGCCUUCGUUGCGGCCUCUUCCUUUCUCCUUCCCAGCCCCAAUCGCAGGACGCUCGCCUUCGUUUUCGUCGGCGCCUUCCUCUGCGUCCUCUCCUACCUCCUCGGCAUCUACACUAACUACCGCCCCUCUCUCCCGCCCCAACUUGCCCCUGUCGCCCGCAACCCGGAGGACUGCCACCCGCUCUUGCUCCCAUCCCCUUCGUCAUCGGAUGGCCCUCUCCGCUUCCUCCCCCGCCACGCCGCCGCCAACUUGAUCCCUCUGGCCUCCGUCGAUCAGCCAUCGCCGCCGGUCCCCUUCUGCGCUGCCAACUUCACCCACUACUGCCCCUGCCAGGACCCCGAUCGCGAGCGCCGGUUCAUCACGGUCGACCUCGUGCACCGCGAGCGCCACUGCCCCGGCCCCGACGACCGCCCGCCCCGCUGCCGCGUUCCGCGGCCGCCAGGGUACCGCGCGCCUCUCCCCUGGCCGGCCAGCCGCGACCGAGCGUGGUUCGCGAACGUGCCUUCCACCAAGCUGAGCGAGGCCAAGAAGGACCAAAACUGGGUCAGGGUGGAGGGGAACUGGCUGGUCUUCCCUGGGGGCGGCACAUCCUUCAUCAAAGGGGUCAAGUGGUACGUCGCCGAGAUGGCCAAGCAGGUUCCGCUGCGGAGCGGGGAGAUCCGAACUGUUCUGGAUAUCGGCUGCGGGGUUGCCAGCUUUGGUGGCCAUCUUCUUGACUAUGACAUUUUGACAAUGUCUGUUGCACCUAGAGAUAUACAUGAAGCUCAAGUACAAUUUGCCCUUGAACGUGGACUUCCAGCAAUGCUUGGUGUGUUAAGUAUUCACCGGUUACCUUAUCCAUCAAGGUCUUUCGAUAUGGCUCACUGUGCAAGGUGUCUUGUUCCCUGGAGUGGUCAUGAUGGGCUAUACUUGUUGGAAAUUGACCGCGUUCUUCGACCUGGUGGCUAUUGGGUUUUGUCUGGGCCACCCAUUAACUGGAAGAACAUGUAUAAGGGCUGGGCACGGAAACGCAAGGAUCUAGAAGCAGAGCAGAAGGCUAUAGAAGAUUUAGCCAAACAACUAUGUUGGAAGAAGGUUUCAGAAAAAGGUGGCAUUGCUGUAUGGAGAAAGCCCACUAAUCAUUUGCACUGUAUUAAAAAGUCAAAGAUUCUGAAUUCUCCACCAUUCUGCUCAGGAACUGACCCAGAUUCUGCUUGGUACAUGAAGAUGGAGUUAUGCAUUUCUCCUCUUCCCAGUGUGGAAGAAAUUGAGCAGACAGCUGGUGGAAAUAUUCUAACAUGGCCUGAGAGACUCAAUGCUGCACCACCCAGGAUAAUCUCUAAAAACAUUGAUGGUGUAAUUAUUGAGGCCUUCAGUCAUGAGAAUAAACUAUGGAAUGAAAGAAUCUCAUACUAUGAGGAAUAUCUCAGUAAUCUGCCUAGAGGUAAAUAUAGGAAUAUCAUGGACAUGAAUGCUGGUUUUGGAGGUUUUGCUGCUGCAUUGUCCAAAUAUCCUGUUUGGGUAAUGAAUGUCAUUCCUGUUGAUGGUAAAAAUAACACACUUGGCAUUGUGUAUGAGCGUGGACUUAUUGGGACAUACAUGGACUGGUGUGAAGCUUUCUCCACAUAUCCUCGGACAUAUGAUCUUCUACAUGCUAAUGGGAUCUUUGGAAUGUACAUGGACAAAUGUGAAAUUAUUGACAUCUUGCUUGAAAUGGAUCGCAUCCUUCGCCCUGAAGGUGCUGUGAUAAUCCGUGAUCAUGUUGAUGUUAUUGUGAAAGCAAAGCAGGCAGCUGAUCGCUUACGAUGGCAAAGCAAGAUUGUUCACAGUGAAAAUGGACCUUUCCAUCCGGAGAAACUUCUCAUAGUUGACAACUCGGUUGCAGUAGACAGAAAUCAGGCAUCAAGGCGUUGAUAUUAGACUUAUAAUUCAUUAGCCGAUACUGCAGUGAUCAUUGACGAGAGGAAUUUCCUUUCUAUCUCUUAAUCACAUCCCCAGGGAAGUUAUGUUACUGAAGAAUAAAUUGGUGAAGCAUUAGGUGAGAUAUUACUAGAUGUCAACUUUUCACAAGUCUCAAGAUCGGUCCUGGACUUUCUCCAGCCCGGAGUUUGAGUGGGUUUUUGAACAUCAAAGAAGCACAUGAACUAGGAGUCCUGGCAUAUCCUUCUUACUUCUGCCAAUGAAAUCAGUGGACUAAUAGGCAACCGAACACACCAUGAGAUCUUGGUUUGCAGAUCAAUCAACCGCAAUCAUUCUAUGUAAUUUAGAACCUACAGAACACUACACUAUGAUCCGGUGGUGUGAAAUCACAGACUUUGUGGCUGAGCUAUCCCUGUUCUCAAAUGUCCAAAGUCAUUCAUUUUAUUGCUUUCAGGAAUUCAUAGCAUAUGGAUUCUGACAAAGGGAUCUUUAGCCAUUUGUUCUCAGUUGAUGUGGACCACUAGCCAUUUUUGUCAUUUUGGAUGUUCUGCAGUUCCUGAUUAAUUAGUUGAGAAUGGCUGAACUAAUUUGCAAGUUC